AUGAUUGAGAACGUGGACUGGUUUGAAGUGAUUGACAAUCUGGAGGAGGACUUGUUUGAUGGUGACGACUGGCUCUCGGAGCUUUUGCGAGAGGAGCCGAAGGAUGGUGUCAACGUUGACGUGGAACCUGUUGAAGGUGUUUCGAUCACCGAAUCUGCCGUGGCUGAAGAGUUGACUUUGGAUCCGUCACUGUUGACUCUUUCGACUUACACGAACUAUCCCCGCAGUUACACUCAAACCUUUGAGCCCCGUGAUCUUCCGAUGGAUCAUGUGUUUCCGAAUUUGACUCUGCAACAGAGUGUCUCUACAGAGGAUGAGAUACGUUUCACGCCGAGCACAAACUCCAUCAUGACUCCUUCUGGGUCAAGUGCGUAUUCUCAGAGUCCCCCAAGGGCAGCGAAAACUCAGAAACGCAAACCUCGAUCAGACCGUAAACCAGAUCGGUCAGAUGUUUUGACUACAGAUCUUGCCCCCAAAACAGAGUACAAACAUGAUCAGGGCGGUAACCUUCAGGGCGUAUUCACUGUGUCCGGACUGAGUACUAGGGUUAGAGGUCCAUUCUCUGAAGAAGAUCGAAAGGCUACUGCGAAUGCAAGAAAGAGAGGCGUCUGUGAAAAGUGUCGCGGCAUGAAAGUCCGAUGUAUAAUGCCAGAGAAUCCAUAUGAACCAUGUGUCAGAUGCUCAAGACUGGCGAUUCUGAAACGUCCAUGCAUCAGAGUCAAUCUUCACGAGCUUCCAUUGCACCGGCUUGGCUCUACGCGCGACAACAAGCUAUACGAAUGGCUAUCCAUCAAGGAUAUCAUGAACGCAAAGCUGAACAUUGACCUCGAUCGACACACUAUCAAGCUGACUCAAGGAUUCGACUGCGAGGUUGAAGUCACUGUAUCCAAGUUUCAACCCUUACCUGGCGACAAGACUUCGUAUCCAUGGAGAGACUCUGCAGGGAACCAAAGAAUGCUCGAGUUGCCGCACUACUACAUCGCCGACAUGGACAGUCAUCAGAGGGUCAUUGACGAGUACAACCAAAAGUCGUACAAAGUGUACAUCCAGAGACUUCUCAAAGGAAAGAGUCCGUUGAUGAUAUGGACGCUCCAAGAGGCAAUCCGCUUCUCUGAACAGCACAACAGCUCCCUUGUCAAAGACAGUCUGCGGCUUUGGGCUGGAAGUCGACUAACCGAACUCCCAUGGAUGAUCUGCGGAGAUCAUACCCUUGGUCAGAUUCCAGUUCAAGAUCUUGAGUGUCCCCGUAGUGGUACGAUACCGAUUCCGCCGAUUAUGGACACGCAGAUGGACCAUCUUGUCAUCAAAAACAUCAUGACUCCGCUCCGCCAGAAGAUCCUUGCAGGUCUGCAGAAAAAGAUCAUGGAGAACAAACGCGAGAACUGGUACGAGAUUUAUCUCACAACUUUCGUGCUCCUUAGCAACAUGGAGCGUCAAUUCGCGCAGGUCUUGUACAUCAUCGACUGGUAUGGAAUGGAGAGUCGCUUCGGCACAAGAGGAAACUCUUCCGUCAGCGAGUCCUUUAUCCAUUCGUGCAAAACUCUACUGGCCUUCUUUCACUUUGCUGGCGGAAGUCAUAAGCCACUUGCGCUGGACUGGAAGAGUUCAAAAGCGCCUCUUGGGAUUAUGACGCAGCAGCAGACUGAGUAUUUGGAUAAGACUCAGAAACAAAUUAAUCGGGAAGGUGAGAACUUGACUGGAUUGAAGACUGAGUCGAUUUAUGAGAAGGAUAUGUAUUGGUGUCAUCAGCUGUUACUGGGGGAUUGCAAGGUUGACGAGCAGAAUGAUAGGGAGAUUGAUGAACUUAAGGAGGAGGACUACAUUUUUCACUGA